AAAUACGCUACUACAAUGAUUGCAGCAUGGGUGUAAUUUUCAUCACAUGUUUGCCCAGACUCAAGUGGGUCCCUCGAGCGUCUAGAGGCCGAUACAGCUAACAGAAGUGGUUAGCGUACACCAAGAGCUAUUGCAGUAUAUAAGUCGAAAUCACCUGCAGUGAAAGUUGAACACAUGUGUGGCAUGCUUGGAGGAUUGCUGCUCUCUGCAGUUUUGAUUGAAGGGAAAAUCUACUUUUCCGAGACUUUUGGAGAGGGCUGGCAACAGCGGUGGAGGUUGAGCACCUGGAAGGAGGGCCAUGCCGAAAAGAUGGGCAAGUGGCAGACCUCUGCCGGCAAAUGGUACAGAGAUGAAGUGGAAGAUGCUGGUCUGCAGACGGCAGAGAUCAUGAAAUUCUAUGCGAUUUCUGCCUCCUUCGAGCCCUUCAGCAAUGAGGGUAAGGAGCUUAUAGUCCAGUAUCAAGCAAAGUAUGAAAAAGACUUGGCCUGUGGAGGUGGCUAUCUGAAACUGGGCCCCAGCACAGAGGAUUUGUCCAAAUUUGGUGACUCCACAAAGUACAACAUCAUGUUUGGGCCUGACCAAUGCAAUGCAGAGAAGCGAACUCACCUCAUUUUUCGCUAUGGCGGUAGGAAUUUCUUGAAGAAGGCCGAGCUGCCAUACAAACAAGAAGGGGAGGGGCUCUCGCAUCUAUACACGCUUCACCUGAAACCUGACAACACAGUACGAGUGCUUGUAGACCUGGACAAAAUCUAUGAGGGCUCGCUGAAGGAUGAUUGGGAGAUGCUGCCACCGCGGGAGAUCGCAGAUCCUAAAGACCAGAAGCCAUCAGACUGGCUUGACGAAGAGAUGAUGGAGGAUCCAGCAGAUGUGAAACCACCAGACUGGGUUGAGAGCAAGAUGAUGGUUGACCCCAAGGCUGGAAAACCUGAAGAGUGGGAUGAAGAAGAAGAUGGUGAGUGGGAUGCUCCAAAGAUUGAGAAUCCCAACUUCAAGGGGCCCUGGCUUCCCCGCAAGAUUCCCAACCCUGACUACAAAGGCACGUGGAAGGCGAGAAUUGUCCCAAACCCUGACUUUUCGGACGACCCAGAUUUGUACAAAUAUUCGGACAUCGGUUAUGUCGGCUUUGAUGUUUGGCAGGUUAAGGGAGGCACCAUUUUUGACAAUAUCAUCAUAACAGAUAGUCUGAAGGAAGCGGAGGACAUGGCACAGAAGUGGAAGGCUCUCCGUGAGGUUGAGGAUGCAGCAAAGAAGAAUGAAGACGAAGCGCAAGCGAAAGCGUUCGAGAAAGCCAAAGCAGCGAGAGCUGCACGUUCCAAAGAGAACAAGGCUGGUGACACGAAGAAUGAAAAGAAAGAUGAACUCUAGAAAAAGAAGGCGCCCUUGUGUGCCUUUGCUGACAUUACACAGAUCUCGCCAGUGCGAC